GAUGCUAUUGAAUAUCAAGCACAUAUUAUGAAGCCGGUUAGUGGGAGGAACAGGAUGUCAAGUAACGUAAUCUACUUUAACUACUAGGGCCAAAGGGUCCUUCCUUUUUUCGUGGAACUGUCACGUACUUUCCUCCCAGUGUGACGCUACGUACUUGGCAUUUUUGAGUAAACAAGACUUGCAACUUGAACCACCUGUUAGUUUAAGUGCACGUAUUGGUACGGCGCUCCGUUUUCACUGGCGAACUUCUGGGUACUUUAUCGUUAAAAUUAAAAGUACUCAGUCGACUCUUCGUGUACAUGGUCUUCUGUUUGGACACAGAACUGCCCCUAGUUGAGGAAGACAAUUGUUCGUAAGCGGUUGUCUCGUGACAAUUUCCCAAGCCGCACCCCCACGGCACUUCCUGGUUGGUGCGUACAUGGAGUGAAAAAUCUUGAAAGACAGUCUGAGAAGUACCAUGCAGUGGAUGUGUGUCUGAGAGACCGUGGAAAGAUCUAAGAAGAGUCCACCGUGAAGAGCCAACAAAGCAUGUUUUGUUGAAACUAAAAUGGCGCACCUGAUGUCGUUUCGAAUGUCGUCUAGUUUAACGCUUGACCAAUACACGGACUUAGCCUUCACGGGGAUGGUAGAGGCCAUACGGGCCCGGGACCGGGCGGGUCUGAGGGACAAGUUACGGGAGAACAACGCCCAGAACUUCCGCACGGCCGCCGGGGACACCUUACUGCACCUGGCCGUCAGGACAGGCGACGUAGAACUCGUACAGAUUCUGCUGGACGUUGGACAGAUGGACGUGAACGUCCCAGGACAGGACCACAGAACAGCCCUGCACAUCGCCGUCAACAGUAAUGACAUAGACAUGGUCAGCGUACUCCUUGACCACAACGCUGAUAUCGACCUCCAGGACAUCUACUCCAUGUCACCUCUGACCCUGGCGGCCUCUCGUCCCCAGUGUUCCGCAGAACUCUUCAAGCACAUGUUGAGGAAGAGCGGCCGUGGAAUUGGUGAUCGGAGAAAAGAACGUGCCACCUCGGACAUCUCCAAGAAGCUGAGCGUGAAGUUCAGCGACAAGUUCGAGUGUACUCCGAUGAUGCUGGUGGCGCGCGUGGCGGGGCAGGACUCCGUGGUGAAGAUGUCGCUGCUGCUGGAACACGGCGCCGAGAUCACCAUGAAGGACCGGGACGGCAGGAACGUGCUGCAUCACGUCAUGGAGCAGAGGGAAUCACUGGAAGUUCUCAACAGGCUUUUGGAGGAUCCGAGGUCUGGCCGUAUUAUCAAUGCUGGCGACAACAACGGCUGUCUUCCUCUGCACUACGCAGCAAAGUCGGGCUUUAUUGAUAGUUUGAAGUGUCUUCUUGAAGCCGGAGCUGACAGGAAACGAUCAGACGACAAUAACCAGACCGCCUUACACAUGGCCUCCAGGCACGGCCACCUGGAUGUGGCGGAAGUUUUACUGAUGGUGGACGAUGCGCAGGACCGUAAGACGCUGGUGAAGGCCGAGGAUAGCCUGGGUCGCCAGGCUCUUCACGAGGCUGCUGCUCACGGCCACCAUCGCAUCGUGCGUCUUCUGCUCAACAGCCAAGCAGCCAUCACCGAGACCAUGGACGGCUCCAGCCCGCUCCACCUGGCCGUGAAGUCCGGGAGUCUGAAGACGGUCAUGACGCUGCUCGAGGUUCACCGGGAGUCCCUUCACUGGACCGACGUCAACGGGGACACGCCCUUGCACGUGGCUGCUCGCAAGAAUCACGACCACCUCAUCGACGCUCUGCUGUACGAAGGGAACCGUCCAGAGGAGGGCGCCGCCAUGCGGGAGAACAACAAAGGACAGAACGCCCUGGACGUCGCCAUCGAGGCAGACGCGCAGGAGGCGGCCAUAGCCAUGGCCAAACACAAACUAUGGCGCAAAGUCCUGAAGCAUCCAGAGGACGCCAGCCACUCCGGGAACAUGCCUCAGCUCUACAACAUUGUCAAGACUAUUCCAGACGCGGCAGUGGAGUUUAUGGACAGAAUGGUUGACAAGGAGGGAGAGGUGGUCAAUCCUUAUGACGUUACGGAUAAGAGGAAGGCAUGGACAUAUGACUUCAGUUAUCUUAACUCGAGAGAUCCUAAGAGUUCGCCACUGAAGGCCAUGAUCGACCACGGCCGCUGGCAGUGCCUCCAGCACGGCCUGGUAGAGAAGAUCAUAGAGCGCAAAUGGAACGCGUUUGGAAUGAAGAUCUUCCUGGCAGGUCUUCUGAUGCACAUCGUCUAUGUCCUGCUGAUCACCGUCUUGACCUUGAGGGAGGAUGACCUUGUGAACGGCUUCAGACACGUGCAUGAUCAGUCAGCUGAGAACGGCACUUCCAUCCAGACACGUGGCGUGUGCCAGGGAAAAGCGCGCUCCUCCGACUGCGCCUUGCCGUACAUAGUCUUGGUUUUCUCGGUGCUUUGUCUGGUUUUGGAGGCUUACAAAGUCUAUUCACGGAGAAGACGCUACAUACUGAUCCGGAACCUGAUGAAGUUUACCCUGUGCGUCAGUGCCUUCGUGUACGCGCUGAGUUUCCCGGUCCCCGUCGUCAUGGGCAGGGACGAGUCGUCCCGGGUCGUGGUGGGGGCCGUCGCCGUGCUGUUCGGCUGGCUCAUCUUCGUCCUGUUUCUCAGAAGGAUCGCCAUCAUUGGUCUGUACGUGUACAUGAUGAGCGCCAUCUUUAAGACCCUGGUGAAGGUGCUGACCGUGUUCAUGCUGUACCUCAUCGCCUUCAGCUUUGCCUUCUACCACCUCAUGGGCAAGUCUGGGGUUGAGGGGUUCUCCAACUUUGGGAGGACUUUCGUGACGACCGUUGGUAUGAUGAUCGGAGAACUGGAGUUGAACGAGUCCUUCAUUUCAAAGAUGGUGGUCUACAAGCCCGAGUGGAGUAGAACCGUGGUCCUGCUGGUCCUCAUGCUGUUCGUGUUGCUGAUGAACAUUGUCGUCAUGAAUCUCUUGGUGGCGCUGGCUGUUGACGACACCCACACAAUUGACCAGGAAGCCUCGUUGGAACAGCGCAUACAGCAGGUUGAGUACAUCCUGGAGGUAGAGUCAGAGUUCGGGAGGAUUGUGGGUGAUCGGUACUUCCAGGUGCCAAACUGGACGGCCAAACACAGGAGAAGCUGGAUCGACCGUGUUUUCAACGUGAAGAAGACCCGGAUCAAGGCAGACCGUCGUGGCGGAGGCAUGACCAGAUCAGGACUUCUUGAUCAGGACGCCAAACGGCUGUCACGAGUGUGAGCCUACGUUGUCCUGUGUGUUCUUUGUCUGUUAUCCUUGUAUUCAGAAUGUCUUCAUCAAGAUCAUUUACAUUCAGCCCAGCCCGUAACAGUAUAUACGGAUUUCCCGUAUAUACCUUAGCUUACACAUGUGCACAUAAUCGGUAGAGAUUUGCUACGAUUUCAGAACUUAAAAGGACAUAUUAUUCGAGAUUAGAGCAAAAUAGGACGAAAAUGUAUCAGCGUUGCAAUAGUUGGGGUUUCUCCCUAACUGGUAUCGAAAUGAUAAUAUAGGAUUGCAUUUUAAAACGUUUGUAAAAUGUAUUCAAAGAGUAGCUGGUGAUUUUACGGACGUGUAGUAGCGUCACCUAGCGGAGAUAUACCAAACAGCAGACACA